UGGCAGAUAUGAAAACGUGUUAGGCGUACAAAUAUAUUGACAAAAAUCUUAUAAUUAAAUAUCCUCGUAAAUUACUUUUGAUAGAAUCAGAUUACUUUGGUUAUUAUUUGUACAGUAAUAAACGGACAUUAUUAAAUAUGUUUAGUCACGCAGACUCAGGUUAUUUAUUACUGUAGUAAUUAUCCCCUUAAUUAACCAAUUUUUUAUAUAUAUAUAAUCAACCGGCUAAGGCCAAGGGGGAAUGGUCCAAUCAGGUGAAAUCACACGGAUUGUGAUUAGUGAGGGUAUCUAAGUAAUUUAAUAAAGGGAGAGAGCGCUUUGGUGUUUGUUUGUUUGUUUUGUUUGGAAAGAAAGGGCCAAAAGGGGCCACCGGUGUGAGAAAAACAAACACACACAUAUGACACAACAAUUUCCGGAACGGAGCCACCGGCGUUGUUAGCUCUCUCUCUCUGGCGGUUUCAGAUUCCAUCCAAAUAAUCCCAGCUUGGAUCCUCUCUCUCUAGACCUCCGUGUUUUGUUACGAGGAUGGCUACGACGGCGACUAAUUCUUCUGCAUCUCGCUUCUCCAUUGAUUCCUCCUCCUCUUCCUCUCUGUCUCGAUCACGUCACGGCGAUCCCUCUCCCUGGAUGAUCCCUGAUGAUCCUUCCCUCCCCCAUGAUCAUCUUCCCUUCGCUACUCCUCCCACCACCGGCAAUGACACUUCCUCCGACUUCGACAUUGCUGCUGAUAAGAAGCCUGUCUGGAACAUGCCUUCCUCUUCUCAUCCCUCCUCCUCCGCCCCUCUCAUGGGCGCCUCCGAAUCCUGGCCUGCUCUCUCUCUUUCUUCUACUGCUACUGCUAAGCCUUCUUCCAACAAGUCUCCCUCUUUCGAUUCUGAUGGAUCAUCCUCAUCCUCAUCCUCAUCCUCAUCCUCAUCCUCAUCCUCAUCAAUGCCAAUGCCGCCUCCUCCUCAGGCUAGUGGAACUCCUCUCAAUUCUACUUCCAAUGCCAUCAUUGCUGGCUCGAGUGUUGCUGCUACUUCAUCUCACGACCAUACUGUUAAUGGCCAUAGGAAACCUUUUCGACGGAGUAACAACACAGCAUCUUCCACUAGUAACAUCUCCAAUGCAACGCCUGCUCCACCUUUUAACACCAGAGAUCAGACUCACAGCCAAAGGGGUGGCUUUUACAAUUCCGGAACUUUCCCUACUUCUCACCGGAAUCGCAACACCAGCUCUUACCCUCGUGGGGAUGGCUCCUCCUCCUCUCACCAUGGAAACAGGCGCCAUUAUGAGCAUGGGGGCAACCAAAGCGGGUUUUCUCACCGUAACCAUACCGGGAGAGACAUGCACUUGCAACCGCAGAGAGGUAUUGGGAUGAUGAGACCGCACAUGCUCAUGGGGCCACCAUCUUUUCCUGCCACUAGUGCGCAAUAUAUGGCAGCGCCUCAAUAUGGUGGCCCCAUGCUCUUCCCAGAUUAUGCACAGCAUGUCUUUAUGCCUCCAGAGCCGAUAGGUUUAGUUGGACCCUUCCCACCUCUACCGCUGUAUUUUGAUGCCAUGUUGUACAAUAAGAUAUUCACACAAGUAGAAUAUUAUUUCAGUGCUGACAAUCUGAGCAGAGAUAAACACUUGCGGGAUCACAUGAAUGAUGAAGGUUGGGUUCCUGUUAGAGUUAUAGCAGGGUUUAGGAGACUUGCAGAGCUGACCAACAACAUCCAGACUAUAUUGGAGGCGCUGAAAAGUUCACAAGUCGUGGAAAUUGAGGGUGAAGCAUUAAGGAGGCGAGGUGAUUGGAACAAGUAUCGAUUGCCUCGUGAGUCUUCAAUGUCCGGUCCAGCAGCAGCAGCUAGCGACAACGCCUCACUGGUGUCUCAACUUGAGAGCAUUACACUGUCAGAGGGGAGCAGAGAGGGGGAGUAAAGAGAUGUGACUAAGAAAGAGAGAGGAAGAAAAAUGUGUUUAAUUUCCUUUUGCAAGCCUCUCUGUCUCUCUCUUUCUUUCCUUUUUUUUUUGUUGAGAAUCGGAUAGGAACUGAUUGUUACCCAGUCUCAUAAGGAAAACAAUAAUAUGCUGCUCAACUCUUCUUGUUC